AUGGGAGGAUUUACGUGCUGUGUUCCUGGAUGCUACAACAACAGCACAAGGGAUAAAGGCUUGGGUUUCUACGUCUUUCCUAAAGAGCAAAAGCUUCGGGAGACGUGGAUUCAGCUUAUCAACAGGGCUGGACGGGGCGGCAGGUUCUCCAAGUUUACGCCUACCACGGGACACCGAGUAUGCGGUGCCCACUUCGAAGGAGGAAAAAAGACUUACAUGAACAGAGUGCCCACAAUCUUCCCGCUGAGACCGCAAAAGGUGGAAAGGAGGCGACCACUCAUAAGGACACAGCCGGAACUUCCCAACAGUCCAACUGUGGCACCCCAGCACGACCCAGAAGUCUCAGGCUCUGCCAUCACUAGUAGCAGCAGCGACAGUGAAGACACCGCACAGCAAAGCACUCUACUCAUGGACCAUGCCUACAGCAGCCAAGAGUCAAGCUAUGACCAGCUUGCCAAGAAAGUUGCUUGCCAAAAUAAUAUAAUAACUGAGCUAGCAGAAAAGGCUGAAGCUGCUUACGCGCAUGUUGAAGAGCUCAACCGCCAGCUAAAACGCUCUCAACAGGACCACGCUGAAGCAAAAAAGCUAUGUGACCGCCUUCAGCAGAAGAAUAGGUGCUUGCGGCUUGAGCUAUCCUGUAUGCAGAAGAAAGUCAAGAGGUGCAAGGCUGAAGCUACACAAAAGAUUGACAUCACGUAUGAAGUCCUUGUAGAAGAUGAAAAGAAGCUGCGGUACUACACUGGCUUUACAUCCAGAAAGUCCUUCGACAGUUUUUGGUCCCUACUUGAACCAGAUGCGAAAAAGCUGCGGUUCUGGCAGAUGAAGGAAACGGAGAACGAGGACCGGAACUUCAUCCUGCCUUUGAAGACACAGCUUGUGCUCGUCCUGAUGAGGCUACGGCUGGGCCUUGACGGCCUUGACCUUGCGUACAGGUUUGGCGUUUCUACGUCAACCGUUUCGAGGAUCUGGGUAACAUGGCUGGAUUUUUUGGACAACAGGCUUCGCCAGGUCCCAACUUGGAUGCCUCCCCACCUGUGCGACAAGUACAAGCCACAAGCUUUCACUGACAAGGGCUACACCACUGUUGACGGCAUCCUCGACUGCACCGAAAUUUUCAUCGAAACCCACUCGUCAUUCCGUGUACAGAGUGAGACCUAUUCCUCGUACAAAAAGCACAAUACUGCAAAAGGGUUAGUUGUGUGCAGCCCGAACGGCUUUGUUAUGUUCGUGUCCGAUCUUUCUCCUGGGAGGCUGUCUGACAAGGCCCUAACAAAGGCUUCCGGUGUGUUGGAAAAGUUCUCACCAGGGCAAAGCUUGAUGGCUGAUAGGGGGUUCACCAUCGAAGAAGAGUGCAAGGAACUUUCACUGCACCUGAACAUUCCGCCAUUCAUGGAAGGACGGCCUCAACUGUCUGAAGCAGAUGAAACUGAGACAAGGCUUAUUGCCAGUGUGCGCAUACAUGUGGAAAGGGUCAUUCGGAGGAUAAAGACCUACAGAAUACUCUCACAGGUGUUUCCAAACAGCAUGUCUGGACAACUGAACAAGGUGUGGCAUGUUUGCGCACGCUUGACAAACUUUGUGGGUGAGCCAUUGCUGUGA